UAACGUCCUCUCCCGCCGUAACGUACCUUCUUCUUCCGGUAGCAAUGGUGAAACGUAACCAACUCUCGCCGCCACAACCAUCACUCCCAAUCGAAGAACAAUGCAAAUCACUAAUAAAAAACCUCGCUUCCUGCAAGCAAACCAUCCGCGACAGAUCACUCCGAACAGUCCUCCGCACAUGGCUCCCGGAGCAAACCUCAAUCCCCGACGAAUCCAUGAAGAAGCUAUGGCAAGGCCUCUUCUACUGCCUAUGGCACGCGGACAAGUCUCUCUACCAAUCCGAGCUCAUCGAUCGCCUCGCCGCCGCGUUACAAUCCCUCCCUCUCCCUCUCUCCCUCCACUACUUCGCCGUCUUCCUUUUCACAAUGCGACGCGAGUGGUCACGCAUCGAUCGCCUCAGGCUGGACAAGUUCUACCUCUUGAUCCGCAGGUUUUUGAACGGAUUCUUCGAGAUUAUGGACGGUAGCGCGUGUGAUUUGGAGCUCACGCGCCGUUUGAUGGGGGUUUUGUUCGACGGGACGUUUUUCGCCGGUGACAGGUUUAAUGGGAGUGGUGUUAGUUACCACGUGGCGUGUGCUUUUGUUGAGGAGGUUAGACCGUUUCUUCCGUUGAGGAAGGAGGUUUCGGAGGUUGUUUUUGCUCCGUUUGUGGUUGUUAUGGGUGUGGUGGAUGAUAAGGUUUUGGUGGGGAAGAUUAAGAGUUGUUUGUUUGAUGAGUUGUUGAAGAAUGGGAAGAGGCUGGUUGAGGUUAAGAAGUGUGGGGGUGAUGGUGGAGUGUGUGAGGAGGAGGAGGAUGAUGUGGUGGUUUUGGGGUCUGUGGCGUUGUCUAUGGAGUUUGGGAAGAGGUUUUAUGAGAUGGGGUCUUCUCCUGAUUGCUGUCAGGGGAAUAGGAAAGUGAUUUUUGCGCUUCAUAAGGAGUUCUUGCAGUUGGGGAAGGAUGUGUUGGCUUCUGGUAUUGAAGUUUCUGUUAUGGAAGGGUCUCGUCGGUGUGAGGAUCAAGUGCCUGAACUGGUUCCUAUAGAAGGAGAUGGGUUAAAUGCUGUUUCUGUGUCUAAGAAGAAGAAUGGUUUGAAGAAAUGUUCAAAGUCUAAGAAGGAUGCUGAUGCUGUCAAUCAUGGUAAGAAAGAUACCUCUUGUCAGGAGGCUAUGAUAUCGGAUCUUCAACAGGAGUUUGAGAAGAUUGCAUCCGAGAUGGGACCAGUGAAAGAUGAGGUUGCAAGUGUCUGUGAAGAAGCAGAACCUGUUUCAGUAGCCAAAAAGAGCAAGAAGAGGAAAAGAGAGGACAAAGGUGUUGUAGGGCAAGGUAACAGAGAUGCAGCAGAGAGUGGCUUGCCCGGGCCGAGUAGUGAGGAGAGCUCAAAGAGAGUAAGAUUCUCAUUAAAGAACAAUGUGGUGUGGAAGCCACAUUGCCCUAUACCACCAAAAUACUUGAGGUUGCCUCCGUCUGCUACACCAAGAGGAAGUGCUCUGAAGAAAGGAAUCCCGGCGGGUCCAGUGAGGGAGUUUUGUCAGAGUAGGAAGACGAAGAAGAAAGUGAAACCCAGCACCCGUAAAGUAGUGAAAAGACGAUCAAGAAUUUGAAGAAGCAACUGUCGCCAUGAAAAUGGAGUGUUUGAGUUACUUGUUGCUUUGACUGCUUGCUUUUCUUUCAGUUUUGAUAUAGUCCUAACUACAGUAUUAAGUUUAUGCCGCCAACAUUUUUUUUAUUCUUUCUCAUUUCUCAUCAAAGACCGAUCAUGUCAUUUACCUUUACCAAUAAGAUGAAGAA